AGUUGGUAUAGAUUUUUCGCUGGGAAUAGAUGUGUGUGGCGUAUCCGCACGGAAAUUUUGCCUUUUCUCCUUAUAGUGCUCUUUUGGCCCAAUUUUUGUCUUUGCAAUUUUUUUUUGAAGGUGUAAUCCUCUUUUUUCUCCGAAAAUACUAUUCUUCUAUUAGGCAAAAAUAUAAUUCGUCAUAGUCCCAAAGCAAAAUAUACAUAUAUUUUUGUACAAAAGUGGCCUAUUUCUAUGGAUAUAUAUCGUUUAGAGAAGGAAAAUGAAAUAAAUUGCCUGGUGUAUGUACAAUAGUACGAAAUAUGUGGGAGAAUAGCAAUGCCAUUCGUGGUUGUUUCUCGUAAUGGACAUUCGAGGCACUUCCAAAAUUGCUAUCGAGUGAAAUGGAUCCGGAGUGUGGAAGAGCAUUAUUUUGAGAAAUUCAUAAGUUGUGGUGAUGCAAUAAUCCAAAGAUGAAAUUCUCACUGAAAUUGUGUUAUUUAUUGUUCCUUCAUCUUCAACAAUUUACUUUAAAUGUGAAUGGGCUUUACGAUGGAGUUAAUAGUGCUAUUUUUGAACUACUCUCACCAAUUGAGGUGGUAGAAGAAUGGGGUUGUCAUGAUUCAGCAAUACGAUUAACUUGCAAUGAGCAUCAUUCGAAAAUUGCUAUUCUCGAAGCUACCUUUACACCCAAUUGCACAGAAAAUAGUAAAAGGAAUUGCCCAUUCUUUGACUCUAAAGGCCGUAUUGUGAGAGCAUUUUUGCAAUCAAGUCAUGACUAUCGCCUUGAGGAAACCGAAGCUGGAAGGCGAUUCUUGGAGGCAUUACGCAGAUCCAGCGAUAAUCAAGAGAACGCAAUGGAAAGUGAGAUGACUGUGGAUGACUAUGAAAGUGAAGAACCUAAUUUUAAGGUGGGCGCCAGUCGAGAUGAUACACUUCUACUCAAGGUUAACCUCGAGAAAAUGCUCGUUGAAUAUCUGAGGCGAUUGACGGGUGAAGAUUUCGAUGAUGGGGUGGAGAAUGAAAUCAACCAAGAUGAUAUGUCGCGGCAGCGGCGGUACCUUACAAACGGAAAUACCACAUCAGUGUCACAAAUAACUAUGGUGAUGGAUGAAAAUGUGAUUAGUGGCUUUUUGAAUUUCACAGACGAUGAACUAAUCGGUGGCGAGUUAGGGAGCAACAAUGAUUCAAAAGCGCAGAGAUUGCAAAUAGGUGCUAGAAAUAUAACAGUGAAUGAAAGUUUUGCAAAUACACAAUUACCAAAAAGGUGGAAACCACGAAAAUGGCACGGGGAGAGAGUUCAGUGUCGUGAGAGGAGACACCGAAUUUCCCAACUGGAUCGCAUUGAAUUGGAUAAAGCGGUACAGAAUGAGACAGAGCAUGAGUACAACAUUAGGAGAGUUCUCAACUACAGAUGUUCAGGAAAAAAUCACUGCAGCUUUGUAUUUGCUGCUGAUCAUCCAUAUAGAAUUAUUUGGGACAGUGGAAUUGUAAGGAUAAAGUAUGCUUGUAUGGAUGAUUUCCGUGUAACAAAAUUCUGCGGAGAACAUUUGGGAAUUGGCAAUGAAAUUCAUGUCAACAGUUCUGAAGAAAAUAACAUGAAGAAAGGUGAUCCAAUUGCAGAAGCAAGGAUAUCAAUUGAUCAACAAUUUCAUCAAUUUACCAAUUUAAAAAUACUCAAAGAAAUACCAGCCACUCUUUCACCCACCGAAACUAAGAAACACCACAUCUAUUCCCAGGAUUUUCGAAAAUUAAAAAUACUACCGAGAGACAUGGUUGAGUUUAACGACAUAGAAAAGAUAGGUGAUGAAUUUUACUUCCGCAAAGAUGACGAAAACGACGUAACAAUGCAACCACCGACAAUUGUGACCUCAGAAGAAAUUGACAGAGAUGCCGAAGAGAAGAUAUUUGGAGUGGAACAAGAAGAAUUGGAGGAAACCAAUCUAGUCGAGGAGACAAUGUCCAUUUAUAAUCAUACAAAUAGUACAAUUAGGGAUAGAUUAGGCAUUAGAAUAAAUAAUGAUCUUGAAUCCCACACGGAAAUUGAAGAUGCGGAACGUGGAGUAAAUGAUACAAAUCGACAACAACUGUGGAAUAUUCUUCGUGCCAAUACAACAUGGGAUAUUUGGUCAAGCCCUGAAGGUUCAACGCCAUUAACUAGUUAUACUAUUAAUGAAAUGCAACUAACCACGGCGUCGGAUAUUGAAGUGGAGAAUUUCACUGAGAUUAAUAAGGAAGAAAAAUCUGUGAUAAUUAAUAAUUACAAGACAAAAACAGAUAAUGAUGGUAGUGAAGAGGAUGAUGAUUACUACUUUGAAGAUUACAACUACCUUACAGACUACAGAAAUAGUGGAAGGCGAAAAUACAAAAGUGUCCAGAGAACAGCUUUGAGAAAUACACUACUUCAAGGAUUUGCUAUGACGCCGGGUUAUCCUAAAUAUUAUGUCGGAGAGUGUGAUUGCAAAUGGACUAUAACAGCUCCGAAAGGACAGAAAAUUCGACUAACAAUCUUGGAUAUUUCCUUAAGAUAUGAUAAUCCAUGUCGUGAUUAUCUUGUGGUGACCGAUUCAAGCCUAAAUCGGGUACUUUUUAGCAGCUGCACAGAGCUUCUUCGUCCAAAACUUGUGAUAAGUCAUUCUAAUCAAAUUCAGAUUAAUGUAAUAUCAUCAAGUAAACUUGCUUACCCCAAGAGAGGUGUCUUGAUUCACUACACCGCUGUUGGUUGUCUCACACCAGACAUCCCACCAAAUGUUCAUCUUGUCGAGAGAAACGAAGAGGUCGCAACAUUUUUCUGUGAUCCCCCUCUAGUGUUUCCCGAUACAGCUGUUCACAAUCGCGUUUUGAGGUGUACGCAACGUCACACGUGGAACGAUUCUCUUCCAAACUGCAUUGAUAAAGCAGAAACUAUAGGAAGUGGACUAGUGUUGCCAUACAACGUACGAAGGGAAGCUCCCAGAAUCAUGGAAGACACUGGUGCUGAUAUGGUUUAUGAUGUUCUUAUUCCAUCAUUCAUCAUUGCUGGUCUCUUUAUUAUCAACGCCAUCGUCUUUCUUGUUAUAAUGCGCUAUCGGAGCAAGAGAAGGAACCGAUAUGCAGAUGAUUCAAAGGAAAUGGUUGAUUUAUAAGAUCACAAAGAGAACAAAUGAAUCUUACACAAACAAUCUUUCGUAGUUUCUUCGUAUCCCAAAACCAAAUUAUGAAUAAAAUUGAAGAAAAAAAAAGCCAAAGAUUCUUACAGAACACUCCUUUCAAUAUGGGUAAAUGUUUUUAUUUUUAAUUUACAAAAAAAUAAAUUUUACUGCGCCUCUGGCAAUGUAAUGUGUUUCCCUUGCAAAGAAAAUUGCUAAAGAAAUAUGAAACAGUUUUCCAUAUCAUAGAAGAAAAAAAAUCUAAGAAAAUAUUUCAAAUUUUUAACUCCUACAUAAUCAAUAUACAAAGAGGCUCUUCAUAUUAAAGAAAAAAAAUAGUUAAAGUUUUGCAAAAAAAUAGAUUCUUCCAAGAAGCUUUAUACGCUAUAUAGAGAAAUAGUUAUAAUUUAAUAUAAACUUUUUUUUAUGUUGAAAAUGUAUAUUUUUACUGCAAAAAAAAUCAAAUGCUGAAAUGAAAGAGAUGCAAUUGGUGAAACAUAAUGGAUCAAAUCGUAUAUUUAUACAUGUUGACGGAACAGAAGAGUUAAAAGAAAUUGUAAAUUAAAAGAAAUUUAAAUAAAAUAAAAACAUUAAUGUGUAUAACUA